UUGAUACUAAUUAGCAUCCAGCUACAAAAUUUCGGUCUCAUUCUAUGCUGCAUGCGUCCUGGUAACUAGCCUUACAGAUAUUCCUCUGUUUUUGGCAGUCUAGUGCUUAGGACUAGUUGCCUUUCGCUUUCGCAAUCGCCAUGCUUACCCUGGACGCUCCCCUGCUACUUAGGCCUCGCCUACUACCUUCCUCAGCGCUCCGACCGUCCUUACACUCGCAGACGUGUCGGACAGCAUCACGUAGGAAAGAAUUUCCGUGUAUUCGUCCGUCAGGCCUUCCAAGCAGGCCAGCGUCUCUUCCGGCGUCAAAUGGUCAGCCUAUCUUCGCGGUAAGCCUCUCUCACGGCCUUCGCGAACGCAUUUCCUCCACAUUCAGCAGAAGGCUUCAGCAGUAGCAGCUCGCUGCUCUUCCAAGUCCGACCCUCCCGAUUCUUCCGAGUCGUCUCGAAUCCCAAGGAGAAUCCUUCAGGCGACGAGCUCCGCGAAGAAAAAGCGGAUGCGACAGAUUCACCAAUCGGCAAGUUCUCUGAUGCGAGCGAUCCCGGCGCCAAGGGUCGUCUACCGGACGAUUCCAGUGACUCCAUUAAAAACAGAAAUGUUGCCAGGCAGGCUGAACCUGUUACGGAUGAAUCCGCUGAUCCGCCCUCGCUUGCCGGCAGCAGCAUGGCGGAAAUUGCCAAUGAUCGGCUGCGACGGAUAGAGGAAGCAGCCGCGGCCGCUAAAGCCGGAGCCGAUCCGCUCAAGGGGAUGGUGGCGGUGGCCGCCCAGCGGCUGCAGGACUACUUCGACAAGACCCGGCUCGUCGGCGGUGCGGGGGGGCUUGGGCAGGAAGGGAUGGGGUUGAAGGUGGAGGUGGAGGAGAGCGGAGAGGAGGAGGGGGCCGGGGAGACGACGUGGCAGCGGUGGGAAAGGGUGUUUGCUGAUGUGGAGGAGAGAGAGGCCAUGCUGACGACGCUGCAGUUCCAGCUGGACGACCUGGUGGGCGACGAGGACUUCACGGCAGCGGCCAAGCUGCAGGCCGCCAUCCGCGCGCUGGAGGAGCAAGACGCCAUGGCGGCCGUCUUCCGAGAGCUCAAGGAGGCAGUGGCAGAGGAAAGGUACAGCGAUGCCAAGCACCUGCGGGACGACGCAGGCGCUGGGCUGGUGGGAUGGUGGGCGGGGCUGGACGAGAGUGGCUCGGCGGACCCCUUUGGUCGACUCAUCCAUGUCACUCAGCAGCACGGCAAGCUGCUCGCCAAGUCAUACACUGCCAAGCAGCUGUCCGUGGCUGGUCAGGGCGUUCCCAUAUUCGAGGUCUAUGCAGCUCGCCAUGCCACCAACGCAAAGCGGUUUGACCAGCAGGUGCGCGCUGCACUGCACCUGUGCCGUGUACCUGCACCACGAGACAGCCAGCGCGCAGGCCAAGGGUGCUUCCACUGCUCCCACGAGCACUGGCUCUGGAAGCUCUGCCCCAAGCAGCAGCAGCACUGCCGCAAGCAGCCGCAGCAGCAGUGCCACCGAGUCUGGCCCAUCAGCUUCGUCCCAUCAAACCCUUCCCCGGCACCAUCCAGCGUUCAACGGGUGCAGGAUGCCAUCUCGUUCAGCUGGGGGAAGAAGAGCCCAGCCGAUGAUGGCCAGGCAGGGAAUGCAGCCAGCAGCAGGCAGCAGCAGGAGAGAGAAAGCGGCAGUGCCCCCACCCACCCCUCCCCCGUCUCCCUCUGCUGCCUCCUCCCCUCCUUCCUCCUCCUCCCUGCCUCCUCGCUCCCCCCUGGUGCCGAUGAUAGCUUAUCGCGGGUCCUCGAUUUCUUCAAGGAGCGGUUACCAGAUGUGAAGCUGCGCGUCUUCCCAGUCGUGUCUCCUGCUGACGUGGCAGCACCGGACGGGUCCGGGGGGCCGGGGACUGCGGACAUCCCGCGAAUAGUGGAGGACGUUGUAAAGAGGAUAGCGAGGGACAGGGAGUCUGCUGCUGCAGCUGCAGCAGGUGAGGCAGCAUCAGCAGCGGGUGAGGCAGCGUCAGCAGCGGGUGAGGCAGCGUCAGCAGCAGGUGAGGCAGCGUCAGCAGCGGGUGAGGCAGACAAAGGGGGAAAGUCUGGGAGCAGUGCAAGUGAUGAUGAGAGGGGGAGUGAGAGAACGGAACAAGGAGAUGCUACAGAUGAUGAGAGUGAUAGGAUCUAUCCCAGCAAUGGGGACACGAGUGAGAGUGGAGGGAGGGAGAGCAGUGUGGAGGGGCCGAGGAGCAGCAUCGCUGGUGAGAGUGAUGCUGAAGCAGCAGGGGCGGGAGAGGCAGCUCAGCCGCCAGCACAACCUGAGAGGGACGAUGCAGACGACCAGAGAAGUGUGACCCGCAGCAGGGGUGGUGGAAGAGACGACCAGAGAAGUGCGAGUCAGCUGUCAAAGCGGGAUUUGAGGCGACUGAGGGAGUUCAGAGAGAGGCACGGGAUGUCCGAUGAGGGAACAAUGAGUGGCAGCAGCACUCCCAGUGCCCGGGACAGCGGCAGUGACAGUGACGGCAACAGCAGCAGCAGCAGCAGCAGAGGAGGAGGCAGUGAGGAAAUUCCAAGUGGGCUGGGAAGGGAGGGUGGGGAUGAGGAGGGAGUGGAGGAUGCGGAUGGGCGGCAGGGCAUUGCAGUGCGUGUGGUGGUGGGCGGGGUAUUCCCUGGGGAUGGCGCCGGGGAGAGCGUCACGAGGGUCCCUGCAAGGAUAGAGUGGAGGGGGAGGGACGCGUUUCUCUUCACUGUGGAGGACAGCGAGGGCGAGGGCAGCGAGGCAGGUGGUGGGGCAGGCGGGGCAGCGCCUGACUCAAGAACGUCUCAAUCCACCUCGACUUCCUCUUCCUCCUCGUCCGCAUCGCAGUCAGCGGCGGUGGCGGCGGCGGUGAGUGGGAAGCUGGCGUCGGCGGCCACGAGGGCAGCAGCCAACCUGAUGCCGGAAGACGUGGCGAAGCAGCUCUGGGGCGUUGACCGCUUCUCAGGACCCGAGGUGUUCAAGGACAAGGACGUGGCGCAGCUGAUCCGCACGGCGGUGCAGCACGUGCAGAGGAGGCGGUACACGCUCCCCAGGACCACCGCCUUCACGCGCAUCAAUGUCGCUGAUGCCAACACGGACCCCUUCGCUGGGCUAUACGUGGGUGCAUAUGGCCCGUACACUUCUGAGGCUAUUCAGGUCCGGCGGAGGUUUGGCACGUGGGAGGAGCCUGAGGAGGAGACUGAGGCUUGGGAGGCAGACAGCAGCACCACUAGCGGCCGGUCAGCCGAGUCAGCUGAUCCAACCAAGUCUAUCACUUCUGCUGCAAGCGAUGAGGGCACGGAGUGGGGUCGGAUAUUGAGAAGCAAGGGGCUAGUCAGAGGGGUGGGUGAGGGGGCCAAGGAUGGGGAGGGGGCUGGGAGGACGAGGAGGCAAGGCGGGCGAUCGCUGGUGCCGCCGUUUGAGUACGUGGAGGGGGUGAAGCUCACAGGCGACUUCAACGUGCCUGCAGGGAAGGUCUCCUUUCGGGCAAAAACUGGCCGGCACUGCCAGAUGCCGUACCGAGGGGUGUACCCUGAUGAGCUGGGCGUGGUGGCUAGGUACCCUGGGCAGGGUCAGCUGGCAGAGCCGGGGUUUAAGAACCCUCGCUGGGUUGAUGGGGAGCUUCUUGUAUUUGAUGGAAAGGGCUCACGUCACACCAAUGGUGCUGAACUCGGGUUCGUAUUCUCGUUACCGGAGAGGCACUUCCUCAUUCUUUUUAACCGGCUGAAGCUUCAAGCCUAAACGGAACACGGUUUUGGGGUGUAACAAAAUGAGAGAAUUUUCUGUAGGUGAAAGUUUCAUCAGUAGUGUAUUGAUCACUCAUCUUGUGUGUUCUUCAGCAAUGCGCUGGAGCUACACCAUGACAUGGACUAGCAUCAGUCCACCUCAUCAGAAUAUUAUUAGGGAUGCCGUGAGCUGGCCCGAAGUAAACGUUGUUAUCCGCG